UCAAAUGUAGUAACCUUUUCCUUUUCCAAUUUGUAGGUUACCUCAGAACCUUUAUUUAACACGUGUAGUCGAAAUAAACAAAGAUGGGCAAAGCAAAGCGCCUAAAACCCUCGCAAAUGGGCACCAAAGUCCCUCUGGACCAAGACAUUGAAGAUACAAAGUUCGCCAAGUCGAAAAACCGCAAUAAAAUCCGCCUUCGACAAGACGAAGAAGAACAAUUCGUGGACUCAAAUUUGUCCCGGAAAAUCUUAUCAGUGGCUCGGGAACAACAACGCGAGUUGGACUCAAAUUUUGGGCCCACGCCAGCUGAAGCCAGUUCUAGUAAAGCAAAAGCGCCUAAACUUGGAGAUGAGGACUCUGAGUCUGAACAAGACGAGGAAGACACACUGGAACCUGAUACCUUUUACGAAAAUAUUGAAAUUAAUGAGGAAGAUGAGAAAGCGUUGGAGAAAUUCAUGAGUAACAAUCCCGCUCCAAGACGGACUUUGGGCGAUAUUUUGGCCGAAAGAUUGACUGAAGUGAAAACACAUUUCACUGAAGAUGGUUCUGUGAAAAUGCAAGAGGUUGACCCCAGAGUGGAACAAAUGUAUCAAGGGGUUAGGGAUGUGUUGAGGAAAUACCGGAGUGGGAAGUUGCCCAAAGCUUUUAAAAUUAUCCCCAGCUUGAGGAACUGGGAGCAGAUUUUAUAUAUUACUGAUCCUCCAAGUUGGUCAGCUGCUGCUAUGUAUCAAGCCACGCGAAUUUUUGCUUCAAAUUUAAAAGAAAAAAUGGCUCAGAGAUUCUACAAUUUGGUUUUGCUGCCUCGAAUUCGUGAUGAUUUGGCCGAGUACAAAAGACUAAAUUUCCACUUGUAUCAAGCUUUGAAGAAAGCUUUGUUUAAGCCAGGGGGCUUCAUGAAAGGAAUUUUGUUGCCACUGUUGGAGAGUGGCGACUGUACGUUACGUGAAGCCAUCAUUAUUGGGUCUGUUGUUGCCAGAAAUUCUAUCCCUAUGCUCCACUCAUCAGCUGCUAUUUUAAAAAUAGCUGAAAUGGACUACACUGGUGCAAACUCGGUUUUCUUGAGGAUAUUUUUUGAUAAAAGAUAUGCGCUCCCGUAUAGAGUUGUGGAUGCAGUAGUUUUUCACUUUUUGAGAUUUGAGAGAGACCCAAGAGAAAUGCCGGUACUGUGGCACCAGGCAUUUUUAACCUUUGUACAAAGAUACAAAGCCGAUAUUUCAAGCGACCAGAGAGACAGCUUAUUGGAAUUAUUGAAAAAACAAACCCACCACUCCAUCACCCCAGAAAUCAGAAGAGAGCUCCAAAACGCAAAAUGUAGAGACGCUGAAACAGCUGAACCCAAAAUGGAUUUUGAUUAAAAACCCCUUAAUUGUGAUAAGUGUAUUUAAAAAGAUUACAACAGACUAAUAAAAACUUAAAAAAAUUGAAGAAA